GAUGCUACAAACGGCGCGUUUUCUAUUGCAUACAUCUACAAAUUCCCUCAUCACUCAUCAGCUUCAAAUGAAGUACUUCUUUCUACCAUUCCAUUACUCAGAUCGAUCUCUAGCUCGUUCGCUGGCAAUCAGUUUAUGAAUGGCUCACGAUCCAGGGAUUAUCUGAGAUCUGAAAAUUGCAAUUUCUCUUUUUACUGAUCUCCCGAAGUAGGAAAAGGAAAAUGGGAGUGGUCAUUGAGAGCUCCGUUUGGGAACCGAAUCCCGCCCUAUACAUCUUCAUCUUCCUCUCCUGCCUAGCCUCGAUCUUUCUCUUCCCUUUGGCAUCCAACCACGGCUCUACAAGCAAAACCCCGGCACUCUUCGACCACGGAUUCUCAUCCUCCUUCCUCCGUUUCCAGCGGAACUUCCUCUUUCUCUUUUCGCUCGCUUCAGCAAUGGAAGGACUGUGGUCAGUGUUCGGAGAGUUCGAGUUGGCUCACUAUGGUGUUAGCAGAGAGCAAAUGGUUUUGUCUCUCUGUGUUGGCUCUGCUGCUGCUCUUUUCGUUGGCUCAUUCUUAGGCGUGCUUUCUGAUAUAAUAGGUCCAGAAAAAGUUUGUCUGAUUUUUUGCGUCCAUCACCUAUUUGUUGGCAUAUGGAAGAGGAUUAUUGCUCAUCCAAGUGUUCAUGUAGCAAGCAUCUGUUUGUCUCUCGCCUCUUCAAUAUUUUCAUUCAGUUUCGAGACAUGGAUGGUGGUUCAACAUGAAAAGCAAGGGCACAGGCAAGAUUCAAUGAGUGAUACAUUUUGGUUAAUGACUUUCGUUGAGUCUGCAUCUUACAUUGGAAGCCAGGCUCUUGCAAAUUGGCUGGUUGGUGAUAAUAUGGAGAAGAACAUAGUAUCUCCUUCCAGUGCAGCUAUAUUCUUGGCAGUGAUAAGCAUUAUUUGUGUUACUGGAGGAUUGAGAGGAACUGCACAAGCAGCUGCAUUUAAGGAGUACAGAGUGUCCUUCUAUGCAUAUAUUUUAGAUAAAAGGAUAUGGCUUUUGGCAUGGGCACAAGCUUGCCUUCACUUCUCCAUCACAGUGUUUUGGAUUCUGUGGGCCCCAACAUUGGUGGCUGAUGGACGAGAAGUGCCUCUAGGGUUGAUAUAUCCUUGUUUGCUGGGUGCGAGAAUGCUAGGAAGCACAGUAUUCCCGUGGCUUAUCAGUGGACCAUCAUCACUUCGAACUGAGGAUUGCCUAGUAUAUUCAUUUAUCAUAAUGGGAUUUGUGUUGUCUAUAAUAGCUUAUGAUUAUCAGGAAAUUGGAGUUUUGGUUACACUAUUUUGCUUAUUCCAUGCGUGUGUUGGCCUGAUCUUACCUUCACUUGCCAGAUUGAGGACUAUGUAUGUGCCAAAUGAGUUGCGUGGAGGAAUGAUGAGCCUUUCUCUAGCCCCUGCUAAUGCAGCAAUUCUGCUUUUUAUGAUCCAAGGAGGGUACUAUCGGAACAUCGGGAAUGCAGCAAUAAUGGCAUUUGCUGCAUUGGGGCUACUCACAGCGGCGGGUAGCAUGCAUGUAUUGAAGCGAUUGGGGAAGCAACCAUAUCAAAACUGGCACAAAUUAUGAUUUCAUUCCCAUUAAAAUGUCAAGCUUGUCGUACUUGAUGGGUUCUGGAUGUAUUUUCAGUUAACUGAUUGAUGGGAAUGAGGAAUAAAAAGAAAAGAAGAGAUUUGUGGAUUCAGGAAUCCGCUGACGCAUUCAGGAGUAGUAUAGCAAUAUAGAUGGAAAGGAAAUGAAAAAAUGAAAGCCAAAUCAACAUUCGACUCAUAAGGAGACUGAAAAGUAGGUUGAUAGUCCUUCCUAUACAUGCCUACUGGCACUGAGUUGAAGUCAAAAGUCCGAGUGUGAAGGUUAUUGAGUUUAACUCUAGGAUUCGUUUUCCCAGGCAGUGCCAGUACACUAGCUGAUGAGUCAGAAGACAAAAAGAUCAACAUGGUGAUUACUAGGUCAGUAAUGUUGUGGAGGGCGAUUCAUUGCCAUUCAGGUCUGAUUGCUUAGAUAGCAAUAACCAUACAAGCACUGCUCAAGAAACAUCAAGACUUGCAUUUUGCAUUUGUUCCAAUUCUCCACAAGUCAGACCUCAAGUGACACAAAAGGUGAAGGCUCUGCUUUGAUGAAUCUAUUUCUGUUGCUUUGAUAGAAUAAUGUAUUAUUCUCCUAGAAGAGAUUGAACUUCAGCCCUUUAAUCGCUUUGGCAGAACUUAUUUCGCCGUCGUGACAUACUUAAUAGAGUAGAAGGAUCAAAACGGAUGAUAUUUUUGCAUCCAGAGGAACUUCCCACUACCAAUAAGCCAUUAGCGUCUCAAAUCACUGGGCCAGAAUUUCGUAAUAAAGUUCAUGACUCACCAAUAGCAAAUACGAUACAUGGUGUAUCAGGAAAAAGAAGAGGUCUCAUUCAUCAUUAUAUUGCCAAAGAUGUUUGACAGAUAGCUUGAAGAAUUAAAGAACAGGAAGUUAAAAUGUGGGAGCUUGUUAUUAUGAGUUCGGUAGAUAUAAUGCAUCAAGAUCGUUCAGUUGUUGAAAGUUCUUGGUGUUUCGUUUAUUGCCCUUGUGCCCUUUUUGAAGAUAAUGAAUUAUUAGUUCAUUAGGAAAGAAAAAUUUGUUCCAUAUUUGUAGUGAUUUCUGUAAGUGAAGAUCAGAAGCUCUUUCACACGAAGAAUAUUUUCAAUAUAUUCUAGAUGCAUAGUCCAGCCCAAUGGUUGGGUUGUUACACGCGUCUGUUGGGCUGGACUAGAGGUAAGACCAAGCUGAUUGGAGAUCUAUCUGAAUUUUCCGGUCCUAGCCAAAUCCAAAACAGGUCAACUCAGGUUGGGCCUUUUUCUUCUGAGGAGGCCAGCCCUUGGAUGAAUUGUCAACCUCAUGUCUCUUUUUAGAUUGAUUGUUUUAUGUUUACAUCAUGUUGGGUUAACUCAACUCGUGUUAGGUUAAGUUAGGCUGACACAUCUAGAUUCGUUCUUGACACGUUAGUAGGUGGAUUAUUUAUGUGAAUUAUUAUAUUAGCAAUUCUAUUUAUUAGA